AUGUUCACCUUAGUGGAUGACCUCGAGCAGCAGAUCAAGGAGACCAGAACGCCCUUCGAGGAGCUCAAGGCAGACAUUGCCGGCUGCAAGGAGGGCGCGGCGGAGGAGAUUGUCCUCUGGCUCAACAACCAGGUGAAGCUGCUUGAGCUGAAAUUUGCGAAGCUUGAACCUCGACUGGGACUCCUUGGCUCCAGCUGCCUCAGGUUUCGCGAGACUGCGAAGAGCAGGGAGAGGUCGGAGCUGAAGGCCGUCGAGUCCAAGGCCAAGGACAUGCUCAGGUAUCACCAGAAGGCCAAGGACAUGACAGCCGAUCAGCUCGCCGAGGCAAUCGAGGGAGACGGCGACACCCUCAGCGAGGACGCCUUCCUGAACUUCUUCCAGACCUGCGAGCAGGAGCCUGUGGAGGGGGCAGAAAAUGGGCACGCAGCAGCCCUGAACGACGAGGAGCUGCGAAGGCCCUGA